AUGACCGAGCCACCGUACAGCGGCCCAAUAUUUGAUGUCCAGGCACACGCUAUCCACCCGAGCGCACUUCAGACAGUUGCAGCAGGAGUACGAAGAAAUUCGAGUCUAGUGACAGACACUGCCGCGACCAUUGCCAAUGUAAUCUGCAAAGAACUGGCCGAUGACCUCGACGGCGAAGCCCGUCGCAAAGCCUUGGGCACGAACACUGUCCAAGUGAUCACGGUUAAUACAUUUUUCCCUCCAAUUCCUCCAACAAAGAUACUAGAUAUUGUCCGCAAUAUCAACCAUUGGAUGGCCGAUAAAACAGCAGGUCAAGCACAGUUGAUAGGUACAGCCUCGAUCCCUCCACCUCCAGCUCUCCACGCAGCCGGGAAUGCCCUGGAUGGUGAGCCCUACAGCCAGAAAGCAAUCUCGGACCUCCGUCAUGCCAUUACAGAACUGGGCCUGAAAGGGGUCUUGCUAGCAUCAAAUUAUGAUGGCGUCUUCCUAGGUGAUGCUGUCUAUGAUCCAUACUUCCAGCUAGCUGAAGAGUUGGAGGUGCCUAUUAUUAUUCAUCCAGCUGUGGAGCCCGUUGAAGCUCCAUUCAUCCGGCGUAAGAAUAUUGCAACGUACUCCGGAUUUUUAAACGACCAGCGAACCACACUUCUCGACCUUGUGAUGUCGGGCGUGUAUGAAAAAUAUCCCAGGCUUACUAUCAUCGCGACACAUCUUGGAGGAGGUAUACUAACUAGCCUAGGCCGCUUUAGAGCCCUGUCGGCGCGUUUUCCCGGCGAUCCCUGGUAUGUUGAUAGCAAUGGAGAAAAACAGCUGCUGCGUAAACCUAUAGAGGAUUACCUUCGUAAAAUAUACUACGACUGCAACAACGCAGAUGCUGUGGACAUCCUGCAUGCCGCUUCUAUCGUGGGCAGUGACCACCUCCUUACUGGAACUGACUUCCCUUGGACCGACGACUCUUUCACCAGAGAAGUUCUCGGCAAAUUGGAUGCUUCUAUUCGAGCAGAAAUUGCUUACAAUAAUGCUGCUAAAUUAUUCGGCUAUGAUCCAAUAAUGCUUAGGUGA